GAAAGAGAUGAGGUGUUGUGUUCAGGCAGUAGAAAGGAAACAGUCAGAGAGGAAUGGAGCAAACACAGCCUUCUCUGCCAGUGGGGUGGGAGGAGAGGUGGCAGAGAGAUAAGGAGAAGCAGAGGAGUGCGAUGGAGGAGGGGGGGAGGAGAAUAGAGGAGGAAGAGAGGAAGCUGAGGUGGAUAGUGGCGUAUAACAGCCGUAGGAUGGGAGCAAAGGUGAGGAGUGAGGAAGACCAGGAUAGCGAGGAAGAUGAGGAUGAUGAAGAGCAGCCAUACCACAGGCGCAGCCACCCCAGCGAGCUCUUCCUCUCCCUGGAGGCGCUGCGGGGCUCCGCCCUCCUCACUGACCUCACCCUGAGCACCGCAGCGGGGGGGGCACUGCACACGCACUCCCCCGUCAUGGCCUCUGUCUCCACACUCAUCCGGCAGAGUCUACAGGAGCGGGACAGAGAGGGAGAGGCCACAGCUCACACACAGCUCCCACACACACACACACACACACAGCUCCCACACACACACACAGACACACAGCGCCCACACCUGCACACACACACACAGCUCCCACACACAGAGCUCUCCGUUUGUCUCAGUGGGGAUGUGGAGCAGGAAGGGCUGGCCGCGGUCGUCGAGUUUGCCUACACCGGCGCCAUCGCUGGGCUGAACCCCUGCUCCGCUUCACGAGUUCGAGCAGCCGCCGUUGCUUUGGGUGCCCACAGAGUUCUGCAGCUGUGCACUGAGGAAGAGGAGGAGGGGCUGGAGGGAGGGGGAAGGGAGGACGAGAGGAAGAGGAGGGUGUUGGAGGUGAGCCUGGACUGCAUCAGGCAGCUGUGGGUGGAGCAGGUGGGCUGUGAUGUGGAGCUACAGGUGGAGGGCAAGACUUUCCCUGCCCACAGGGUGCUCCUGGCGGCCUGCAGUGAGUACUUCCGGGGCAUGUUCUGCAGUGGGAUGAGGGAGUCCCGGCAGGACCAGGUGGAGCUACGGGCCCUGGAGGGGGCAGGGUUUGGGGAGCUGCUGAGCUGCUGCUACACGGGGCAGCUAUGCCUGGGGUGGGACAGCGUAUUUGAGAAGGCCUCCACAGCCCUGCAGCUGCAGCUGCACCCGGCGCUGCCGCUCUGUCUGUACUUCCUGCGCAGUCACCUGGACGCCCGCUCAUGCCUGGACGUGGCCGCCUUUGCCGAGGCUUAUGGGACACAUGACCUGCAGGAGGAGGCCGAUGACUUCCUCCUCAGCCGCUUCCAGGAAGUAGCUUCCGCUCACCAAAUAUAUCUAACAAAUCAAACAUGUCUCAGUGUCCUAAUGGCUGACAUAAUCCACUCCCCUACGCAGGGCAUGAUCAGUCACCCAAUGCCACCUACGCAGGGCAUGAUCAGUCACCCAAUGCCCCCUACGCAGGGCAUGAUCACUCACCCAAUGCCCCCUACGCAGGGCAUGAUCAGUCACCCAAUGCCCCCUACGCAGGGCAUGAUCAGUCACCCAAUGCCCCCUACGCAGGGCAUGAUCAGUCACCCAAUGCCCCCUACGCAGGGCAUGAUCACUCACCCAAUGCCCCCUACGCAGGGCAUGAUCAGUCACCCAAUGCCCCCUACGCAGGGCAUGAUCAGUCACCCAAUGCCCCCUAAGCAGGGCAUGAUCAGUCACCCAAUGCCCCUACACAGGGCAUGAUCAGUCACCCAAAGCAGGAGCUGACUGGCUUUCUGUUGGAAGAGCGGUGUGGUUUUCCUCCCACAGAGCUGCAGAGUGUGCCAUGGUGCCCACAGGCCACACAUGCUGUCUCACAUCCUGAUAAAAACUCUUUCCUGGAGUCUCCAUGUUUUUCUCACUAUCUGUGAGAAAUAGGUAUACAGUAUAUAUAUAUAUAUAUAUAUAUAUAUAUAUAUAUAUAUAUAUAUAUAUACAGUAGCUAGCAAACACAAGUGGCAAACUUAGUGGUUAAUAAUCUAAUUUCUGCUGA